AUGGUGUUAGCUGCUCCUCCAGCUAAGUUCGAGAAACUUUACCGCUCAAGGUGGCUAUCGAUCAUUGUGUCAACGACGGAGAAGUCACAAGACUCAAGCUUUGACAAUUUCUCUGGCGAGACACCGAUUCGUGUCCACAAGAAUCUUGGAGAUAAGGGUUUGGAAUGCAGAUGUUUGGGCAACUCAUGGAGGUCUUGGAAUCAUUUGCUCUUUUCACUGCAUGCUUCUUACAAAAAUUUCAAGAUUGAUGCUUGUGAAGUUCCGACAACAACUGACCUAAGCAAGUGGAGUGGAGACGAGAGAUUCUGGUGGUGGAAUGAGCGAACUGUGUCUGAGCUAAGUUUUCAUCACCUUAUUUGGGUUCGAGCUAAUCAUAUGAUUAUUGCUUUGAUGCUACGAUGUUUCUUCUUAAGUCAAAUCUUCUCUUUAACUUGUUCGACAAAAUAUUGUGAUUAA